GCAGCUACAGCUGGUCUGGACGACUGCGCACCAAACAACCAUGUGAAUCGCUACUAUACGAAUUCGGACUUUGGUAAUAUAAAUGUUGUCGCAUUCAGUUUUAUUUUACGACGUGAGUUUAACGCAAGUGUAGACAUAGAGUCGUUCGAGGUGAUCACAGCUGAAUUCGGAAAUAACUUACACGCAUGUGAGUAGGAUGUUCUGUGGACAGUUUAGUCCUGGUCGAGGAAACGCGUGUCUGACCCGUGAGAUCGCCUGACACGCAUUUUUUUCCUUUCGCACUUGGCGUGGUGCCGGGACAUGGCGUUUAAUGAAUGAAUGAAUGAAGCGGACAGCUGUCUAGUAGUGGCAUAGCCGAAGUGGAGACGUGCGUGGCCUCCCUGGCCGGACCUCCGGAUGCCUGAGGCAAGAUGGUGCAGAAGUAUCAGUCCCCGGUCCGGGCGUACAAAUACCCGUUUGAGAUGGUGAUGGCGGCCUAUGAGAAGCGUUUCCCGACCUGCCCCCUCAUCCCUGUGUUCCUGGGCAGUGAGGUGCUUAGUGACGUCACCAGCGACGACGGCUCUGUCCGUAUCAUCGAGCGCAGCUGCAAGCUCAGCGUGGACGCACCGCGACUCCUCAAGAAGAUAGCGGGGGUUGAGUAUGUCUACUUCAUCCAGAAGAACACGCUCAACUGGAGGGACCGAUCGCUUCUCAUUGAGGCUCACAACGAGACCUUUGCCAACAGAGUCAUCGUCCUGGAAACAUGCUGCUACAGAGUCCACCCAGAUAAUGAGGACUGGACGUGCUUUGAGCAGUGUGCCUCCCUGGACAUCAAAUCCUUCUUCGGCUUCGAGAGUACAGUGGAGAAAAUUGCUAUGAAACAGUACACAGCCAACAUAAAACGGGGCAAGGAGGUGAUCGAGUACUACUUGAAUGAGCUCAUGCAGGAGGGCAUCACUGAGAUCCCACGCUGGGUUCCCACCGAGCAACGACCUUUGAACUCUGACCCCUCUUCCUUCACCUCCACACCAUCCUGUUCUGCUCUGACACGGCCGAACCCCAGGACCCAGCUGCACCUUGACCUCUCAUCGCCUGGCAACAGCAGCCGUGAUGUCACGAGCUUCAGUGCUGACAGCUCAGAACCCUCUACUCCAGAUGCAGAUAAGCUGGAUGCAGACUACAUCGAGCGCUACCUGGGUCAGCUGACCCCCAUGCAGGAGAGCUGCCUGAUCCGACUCAGGGCCUGGCUGCAGGAAAACCACAAAGGCAAGUCUGAAACGGGAGAAUGGAAAGCUGAGAAGAUCCCUAAGGAUGAGCACAUCCUUCGUUUCCUGCGUGCCCGCGACUUCCACCUGGAGAAGGCACGCGACAUGCUCUGCCAGUCACUCACCUGGCGCAAGCAGUUCCAGGUAGACUACAUCCUGGAGACGUGGACGCCCUCUAGCUGCCUGGUGGAGUACUACGCCGGAGGGUGGCACCACCAUGACCGCGAGGGUCGGCCGCUCUAUAUCCUCAGACUGGGCCAGAUGGACACCAAGGGCCUGGUCAAAGCACUGGGCGAGGAGGCCCUGCUCCGACAUGUUCUGUCCAUCAAUGAGGAGGGCCAGAAGAGGUGUGAGGAGAACACGAACAUAUUUGGCAGACCGAUCUCAUGGCCUUACCAUCUUGGUUGCCUCACCUGUUGGUGGUUGUCUCACCUGUUGGAGGUUGCCUCACCUGUUGGUGGUUGCCUCACCUGUUGGAGGUUGCCUCACCUGUGCAGGUCGUGGACGUGCCUGGUGGACCUGGAGGGCCUGAACAUGCGCCACCUGUGGCGUCCGGGCGUGAAGACGCUGCUGCGCAUCAUCGAGGUGGUGGAGGCCAACUACCCUGAGACGCUGGGCAGGCUGCUGAUCGUCCGGGCGCCGCGCGUCUUCCCCGUCCUCUGGACACUGGUGAGUCCGUUCAUCAACGAGAACACGCGUCAGAAGUUCCUGGUCUACAGUGGGAAUAACUACCAGGGCCCCGGCGGACUGGUGGACUACAUCGACCAGGAGAUCAUCCCCGACUUCCUGGGCGGAGACUGCCUGUGCCAUGUAUCCGAGGGGGGUCAGGUGCCGAAGUCCUACUACCAAACCGAGGAGGACUUGGACAACCCCGACCACAUACGCCUGUGGGCCGACACCAUCUACCAAUCAGCACAAGUCUUUAAAGGGGCACCACAUGAGAUCAUGAUUGAGAUUGUGGAGGGCUCAUCAGUGAUCACGUGGGACUUUGACAUCCUGAAGGGGGACGUGGUCUUCAACAUCUUCCACUCCAAAAGGACCCCUCAGCCGGUGAAGAGAGAGACGUCCGGAUCGGCGCCUGUCGUAAAUAACAUGCAGUUGAUUGACAGGAGCUGGACACUGGGGGUGGACUACAGCAUGGUGGAGUCUCCGCUCACCUGCCGCGAGGGAGAGAGCAUCCAGGGGUCUCACAUCACCCGGUGGCCCGGUAUCUACAUCCUGCAGUGGAAGGCCACAGGCCACGCCCCCAGCUCUGGCCCCUCCCUCUCUCGGGUGGACGACGUGCUGGCCUCUCUGCAGGGCUCCACACCCAGGUGUAAGGUCCUGUACUACACCGAGGUGCUCGCCUCAAAUGACUUCAGAGGCUCCAUGAGCAGUUUGGAGUCGUGCCACAGCAGAUUCUCACAGCUCAGUGUCGGCACUACCUCCUCCAACCAAUCACAGGGAAGCUCACUCAUAUCCAGAUAAUCACACACACACACAGUAAUACACAUGCACUCACACAUCCAGUCACACACACACAUGCAUGCACACAAAGUCACACACACACAAUUACAUGCAUAUAUGUCCUUGUGUACACACAGAAAUAGACAUACGAUUACUCAAUGCAACACACAAAGACAACAUGAUGUGCGUACGAUCCACAUACAAUCUAAUGCAAUCAACAUACAUGUUAACUGCAUGUUCACAUACAUACAUAUACAUACAUACAUCACACACACACACACGCAUGCACACACACUCACACACACACACAGACACAGACACACACACACACACACAAGCAAGCACCACACACUCAGACAUGUCUCAACCUUAAGGGCUAAAUGUCACUUUAUGUGAUGUCCAGGGAUUGUACGAACAAAUGUUCACAAGGAUUAACACACCAGAGAUUUAGGAGCAAAAACUGAAAGAAGUCCACACAUAUAUAUCUUACCUCAUCUUCUGCAGCAAAUGCAUCUUCUAGCUGCACAGUCGUGGAAGGGUGAUGUGAAUCAGUCUUGUUUUUCUAAACAUGCGGCAUAACUUUAGCAUCUGUCAUUUGCCACUGACAAUAAUUUGCACUUAAACCAGAAGAGGAAACAUGAUGAACCUACUGUAGCCCUCAAUACAUAACAGGACUAGCUUGUUUGCUGGUUGGUGGUAGACCACUAUAAAAAAGACCCAACCUCCAUUCCUGACGCAGACUCCAGAGACAGACUACAUGACAAAUGGCUCACAACUGCAACAGGGAUUCUAUGGAAUUCCUUUUUUAAGAAAAGGUGAUCUAUGUUGGUUAUGGUGAUCAUAUUUUUGUUGUUUUGUUUUUGUAAUGUGGUGAUCGGGAACUACACCCAGAUAGCGAAAUCAGAUUCAUAUCAGGGGGGUUUGUUUGCCGGUGACAUACCACUUCUGGUCCACUGUUGGACUGCUUGCAAAGUUACAGAUUGUAUCAUGCAAAGUGUAACCGAGGUCGUAAUUCGUCCGCCACUCACGGCCCUCGAACCCGCCACCUCAACACACACCGGCUUGAGAGUUGAACGCUCUAACCACUGAGCUAAAAGCCCAGGCUUCCAACUCAGCGGUUAGAAGCGUUCUUAAGGUUAGGGGUGUGAGGAUUUACACGCGCAACUAGCACUUGGCUAAUGGCAGUUUGCUUCCGUUACAAAAGUCUCCACUGCGUCCCAAAGUGUGGUGUUGUAAGUAAGUAGGCCUAGCUCAUGCAUGUGAGACACUGCUGUGUCUUUAGGUCAGGCGUCAAAUAUCAAGCUGUAAACUCACAGUACCUCACAGAACUGCCACCGCUACACGCUAGGCUAUCUGUAAAUCAUUCUAAAUAUGUUUAUAAAUGUUUGUAAGCUGUUACAAGGCAUUAUGAAUGCUUUAUAAGCCUUUACAAAUUUGUUUGCAGAGGAAUACUUCUUGUGUUCAGAAAGUAAAAGUCCUGACGAUAGUUGAUCCAACCAUUUAGUAAACCAAGUAGGUUAUAGCUAAUUAGUGUUAAGUGCACAGGAAGAAGGAAUACAUGGCUGAACGUUUACUUUCUGAACCUGGGAUGUAUGUUUGUAAUGUGCUAUGAAUACUAGAUUUACGUAAAGUGUUACCAAAUACAUCUUAAACCAUGUUUGGAAACAUUUUUACUAAUUGUACAGACCUUGGGUCCCAUAGAAAUGGCAGUGUGUACACCUUGUUUAGGAGUUUGCAGUUAAAAACUCAUUGCCUGUCUUAGCUUUUCAGCAAAACCAUGUACUGUUUUCAGCGUCCUUCCCAGCCUUGUUUGUUGACACAUUGGCUAAGGUCAUGUUUUCUCUUUACAGCUCAAUAAGCACAGCAUACUUAGAAGAUGUAGCCUUAAGAACCCAGAGAAUGUAAAAUGCUAGGUCCUUCUCUCCACAGUAGAAACAGAAAGAAAUGUAUACCUAAGCAUGGAACUGCAAAAGUGCAGGUUCAAACAGCAUGAUAAAUGAUUGCUCUACGUAGCCUAGCAACAGCCUGUGGACAGAGCUGGAACUAGGAUUCAGAAAAGUAGCCUAGCCUACUGCCAGAUAAUUGGUAGAGAUGCUCUAUCUUUGGUGUCAAUCAACGGGUUCGGUUUAUUAUCAUAGUUUGAGGCCAAGUAUGUGAAACUACAGUACUAUGUGUAACCACUUGGCUGAGAAAAAUAGUCUUGGGUAGCAGUCAGUUGCUCACUGAAAUCACUUGGCUAAUGGCACUGGAUAAGUGAAAGAAAUGCUCUGAAACAGUAGCUUGUUCAGGCCUAAAGGGUGAAUCCACCAAAAUCCCACCACAUCCAGCAUAUAUGGAGCACAUUGGAGGUACUUUCUGAUCCUAAACUUCUUCUCUGUCCACAGGGAACUGUGUCAAACCUUCAGGGAAUGAAAGCCAUACGCUAGAAUCUAGAUAGUCCAGUGCAGUAUGUAUGUACAUACCUACACCUAUAAUACUCAAUGAAUCAAAUCAAAUCAAAACUACAAAGUCUGACUGAAUUGCAAAGAAAGCACUUGAGAACAAUAUCAUUAAACCUAAAGGGCUAUUAAUUGCAUUUUAAAAGCAAUACUGACGACAGCUCCAUAGGGGCAGCGAUAGUGUAGUGGUUAAAGAGCUGGGCUAGCAUGCUAGUAGCCUGAAAAGUUGUGGGUUCAAUUCCCGGCUUCCAUUGUUGUGCCCCUUGCCUUGACCAAGGCAAGGCAAUUAACCCCAAGAUGCUGCGGGGACAUUUGCCCUUGUAAUAUAAUUGAUAUAUGUGUCGCUUAAAAAACGUGAAAUGUAGUGUAUGUUCUGCUUACCCUUAGUACUGUAUGCUACACACAUACUAAGGUAACCUCAAAUAGCUCUGACCACCUGACUGACUAAGUAUUGUGCUAGUCCUACCCCACCUCAAAUGAGAUGAUAAAGGGCGCCAGUGGUCAUCUCUUUUGAGGUGGGGUAGCACUAGUACAAUACUUGUCUGCCUUUGAUUGAGAUCCAAAUUAAGAGGUCAAAUGCAAAGUUGAGUCUGAAGUGAUUGAAACUGAGUAUUUUCAUGUACAGUAGUGCGGCUAUGGUGUCUAGCAUUAGCUUUCUGGCACUAGGGAUCUAACUUACUUGACUAAAAAACAAAACACAUCAAAAUUGACAAGAGGGCUCAACAAAAAAAAGCACAUUUGACAGCAACUCUACCUACAAGGAAGGUUAUUUAACCUUUGUGAAAGGGGUUGUGGAGCUUUUCUUCUCUGUUCUGAAGGAGUAGUGACUUUCAGCAGAGUUGUUACCAAUAGGCGGUAAACAACAGUCUAGAAUGACAGUGUGAAUGUUUCAAGAAUGUUUUUUUUUUUUUUUUGCACCACCUGCACACUGAUGUACAGCAAGACACCAUUCUGGUGUAAAAUGUGACUAAAUUAUAACAUCACAUUUGAUUUUAAAAAAUCUAGAUGUACUGUAUGCUUUUCCAUAACACAUUAAAAUCUAUUACCAUG